CCAGUCGUAAGAGAGAAUCGACGUUGGUCGUCGUCCUCAGCAGCAGACCCUGUCGAGUGUCGAGGAACUCUGUGGAUGUCGCUGAUGGAACCAAGCGUGUUCCUAACGAGAUUCAUCCGUUCCCCUCCUGCCAUCUUUAUACCCACAAAGUUUCCCUUCCACAAUCGCGCCAUCAGUUCGAAGACAUCUUCACCAGCUCUGCGAACAGUUGCGAUAGUGCCCAAAGCAAGUGAAGCACCGUCACUGAAAAUCGAGAAGGAGGAGGAGGAGGAUGACGGCUACAAGCUUCCCAAAGAGUACUAUGAUGAUGAAUGGCAAGCACGGCAACGGGAGAAAACAAAGGAGUUCGAAAGGAAACGCCAACAGGAGGAAGAAGAAGAACGACUAAAGGAGAUUGAAUAUCGAGAGAUUGGCUCUAGAUUGAAAGGUUACCCUGAGGAAGAAGUUCGGAAAGCAAGAAUAUUGGUUUCAAGCUUUAUCAGAGCUGGGGAAGAGAUUGAAGAGAAAAUUGAGGAAGCUGCUGAGAAAGGUGAACUGACAGAACUGGUUUUGAUGGUUAUCUGGAAUCGCCUCGACCUUGCUCGCCGAGAUGAAGAGAAGGAUGCUAUCAGGAGUCUUGAUCUCUUAUACAGAAGGGUGGAGACAGAGAUUUUAAAAACAGAGGCCCCUCCAGCUAUGAGGUUGCUCAAUGAUCUAUUAAAUCUUCAUGAUGGAUUCAAUGAUGAGGAAUGGCUUAAGAAUUGCAGGAAGUGUAUGAUCAACACCUUCCCAAGGGAAGACCCGUUCAGUAUGCUUGUCCCCAUGGGAGUUGACAUUGACAAUCACCUUGGCCGUAUAGAGCUGCCACCAGAAGGCAACGAUGUACUCUUGCGGGUCGAUUUUGUGAGAGAAGUAGAUGCAUUGUUAAAAGAAGUUCGACAGGAGCAAAGUGAAGCACAGGCAGUGCAGGGAUUUGAUCCAGAAUCUGUUGCCGCCAGGUUGAAGCAACAGGAGAAGCAAAGAACCAUACAUAUGAUAGAAGCACUCUUAGAUCUAGCAAUAACCUUACAAUGGUGAUUCUGAAUGCUUGGAGAUGAUUUGGAUACAUAUAUGUGCUUGUCUCAGUUAGGCAAUUCGGUGGCAUCAAGAUUAUCAGAGAUCUUUGGUCUUGGUGGGCAUGGUCAUUUCGAUAAGAGGAAAAAUCCUUUGCUAGGUUGUUGAUACAAAAAGAACACAAAAUUGUCAUUUUAAUGAACAUCGUUUUUGAAUGGUUAUAAAAAAUCUUCGGAACCAGUUGGAUUCUGGUGAUAUGAA